UUCUUCUCUCUCCUCACCCUUCCGGAGCUUCUCCUCUGCCGCUGGUGGUCGUGGUUUGCUCACGGCGGCUGCUCGACCUGUCCUUCUCCUUCGCUCUCUCUCUCGGCGAUCUCCGGCCGGCAAUGCAGCUCGUUCCGCACCCGAAGCCCAUCGUAUUGUUAGCCAUGCUGCAUUGAAGGAAGGGAAAGAUUUUCACUAGGGAGCCGCCUUUGGGAGCUCUGAAAGGGAAAUGAUGGGAAGCUCUGCGAGGGAGGAAGAAAGAAAGCUGGAAGAACGACGCUCAGAAAUUCGACUGCUGAAAUCCGGUGAUAUAUUUUAGCGAUUCGGAAGGGAGCUGGAAAGCUACCUCUGGAAGGACUCGACGAGGCUGCCGUGAAGGUUUAGGACAAGGAGAGGUUUCCCGAUCAAGAAUCGGUGGAUUUCGGCAUAGUGAAUUUCGGUGGAGGUAGCAGUAGAAGAAUGUCCUAUAGGACUGCCCAGAUUCGCCUUGUGAGCUCACAUCCAGAAGUUUAUGAACCAUGUGAUGACUCAUUUGCCCUAGUCGAUGCCCUGCUCGCUGAUUUGACGAAUCUCUUGGAGCAUAAGCCGUCUCUGUGCAUUGAAGUAGGAUGUGGCAGCGGUUAUGUGAUCACUUCCCUGGCUCUAAUGCUCAAGGAGAAAGUCCCCGAUACUUACUAUGUUGCUACUGACAUGAAUCCUGAUGCAGUGAGGGUUACUCGAGAGACACUAGAAGCUCAUGGUGUUGAUGCAGAGUUGAUAAUCACGGAUAUUGUUUCAGGGCUUGAGAAACGUCUAGAAGGAUUGGUUGAUGUGAUGGUUGUGAACCCACCUUAUGUCCCGACACCCGAAGAUGAAGUGGGCAAGUCAGGGAUUGCCUCGGCAUGGGCAGGAGGAGAAGAUGGCCGGGCAGUUAUUGAUCGAAUACUGCCCAUAGCUGACACCAUGUUGUCUGAGAGGGGCUGGCUUUACCUGGUAACCCUGACAGCAAACAAUCCCUCUCAGAUAUGCCGUCAAAUGAGGGAGAGAGGCUAUGCUUCCAGGAUAGUAGUCCAGAGAUCAACAGAUGAAGAAAGUCUCCAUAUCAUUAAGUUCUGGCGGGAUCCCGAGAUUCGACCUUCUCUGAAGGAGACAACAGCACCAAAUAGCGAGUCUCUUCUCUCGCAGUUCUCCCGGUUUUCGUUCUGGAAAGGUGGCAACUCUGGUGGGAGUUUGUGAACCCAAAUGUUGAACAGGAGUUCUAUUGGUAUGACGAUUGUUUCUUUUACAUAUGGUCCUCGUACAAAUUGUCGGAUUUGAGUUUGACCAAUAAAUCUGAUGAAAGUCCACUCAGUUUUGACUCCUA